GUCAGACAAUAGGGGCGUGGCUACGGCUCGCGGAGCGCAACCAACGCUCUAGACCAGACCUGGGCUCGAGACCAUAACUGUUUGGGUUUAACAGUCCGUGAGCGGCCGGAAUCCGGGAGUCCGGUGACCUGGGCUGUGGUCUAGCAUAAAGGCGGAGCCCAGAAGAAGGGGCGGGGUAUGGGAGAAGCCUCCCCGCCUGCCCCCGCAAUGUGGCAUCUGCUGGUCCUGCUGCUGCUCCUCUCCACCCUAGUGACCCCCUCCACUGCAGCUCCUAUCCAUGAUGCUGACGCCCAAGAGAGCUCCUUGGGUCUUACAGGCCUCCAGAGCCUACUCCAAGGCUUCAGCCGACUUUUCCUGAAAGGUAACCUGCUUCGGGGCAUAGACAGCUUAUUCUCUGCCCCCAUGGACUUCCGGGGCCUCCCUAGGAACUACCACAAAGAGGAGAACCAGGAGCACCAGCUGGGGAACAACACCCUCUCCAGCCACCUCCAGAUCGACAAGAUGACCAACAACAAGACAGGAGAGGUGCUGAUCUCCGAGAAUGUGGUGGCAUCCAUUCAACCAGCGGAGGGGAGCUUCGAGGGUGAUUUGAAGGUACCCAGGACGGAGAAGAAGGAGGCCCUAGUACCCAUCCAGAAGGCCAUGGACAGCUUCCACGCAGAACUCCAUCCCCGGGUGGCCUUCUGGAUCAUUAAGCUGCCACGGCGGAGGUCCCACCAGGAUGCCCCGGAGGGUGGCCACUGGCUCAGCGAGAAGCGACACCGCCUGCAGGCCAUCCGGGAUGGACUCCGCAAGGGGACCCACGAGGAUGUCCUAAAAGAGGGGACCGAGAGCUCCUCCCACUCCAGGCUGUCCCCCCGAAAGAUCCACUUACUGUACAUCCUCAGGCCCUUUCGGCAGCUGUAGGGGUGGGGACCGGGGAGCACCUGCCUGUAGCCAUCAGACCCUGCCCCAAGCACCAUAUGGAAAUAAAGUUCUUUCUUACAUCUAACAA